GGGCACACAGCAGCAGCAGCAGCAGCAACAGCAGCAACAACACCAUGCCGAUGACACUGGGUUACUGGGACAUCCGCGGGCUGGCCCACACCGUCCGCCUGCUCCUGGAAUACACGGGCACCAGCUAUGAGGAAAAGAGAUACUCCAUGGGAGAUGCUCCUGACUUUGACCGAAGCCAGUGGCUGAGUGAGAAAUUCAAGCUGGGCCUGGACAUUCCCAAUCUGCCCUACCUGAUUGACGGCACUCACAAGCUCACCCAGAGCAAUGCCAUUGUGCGCUACCUCGGCCGCAAGCACAACCUGUGUGGGGAGACGGAAGAGGAGAAGAUUCGCGUGGACAUUUUGGUUAACCAGGCUAUGGACAGCCGCAUGCAACUCAUCACUAUCUGCUUCAACCCUGACUUUGUGAGUGCCCAACCCUGGGCAGGCAACCCAUCACCCAAAGUUGUGUCUGUGGGUGCUGACAGUUGUUUGUUCCUUCAGGAGAAGCUGAAGCCCGAUUAUCUGAAGGAUCUCCCUGAGAAGUUGACACUGUACUCCCAGUUCCUGGGGAAGCGGCCCUGGUUUGCAGGGGACAAGAUCACCAUUGCUGAUUUCCACGCUUAUGAUGUCUUGGAUGGGAACCGUAUAUUUGCUCCUGGUUGCCUGGAUGCGUUCCCAAACCUGAAGGAUUUCAUGGCCAGAUUUGAGGCCCUGCCAAAGAUCGCUGCCUACAUGAAGUCCAGCCGCUUCCUCCCAAGACCUAUAUUUCCUAAGGUGGCCACCUGGACGGGAAAAUAAGGCACAGUAAUUUCAAGGAUAGGAUCGGCUUUGGGGAGCUCAUGCCCCCAGCCCUGCCUCAGCCUUCUCAGUCCUCUCCCUCCACUCUCUCCUCCCAGCCUGCUGCCCCUUGUCCUCUAAGCCAGUCCCUCCCAUAGAGUCUUGGCUGGCCCAAGCUCUGCCCAAUUCCUCAGCUAUGGCUCCCUGGACUGUGGUUCCUGCACUAAGGCCAUUACUGUGGCUCCUGUCUUCUGCCAUGAGGGGCCUGAGUGUCCCUGAACUCCCCAAAUGCCAGAGAGGUCUCUGGCCUGUGCUGACCCUGCUCCUGAGUGAGAUCUCCCUGGCACUAUGUGCUCCCGAGGAAGCCUGAACCUCAGCCUGGGCCUUUCCUCUUCCCUGGGAGCUCUGACUUGGCACUGACAAUGCUGGAGUUUCGGGAAUUUCUUUUUUCUGUUGCCACAGCAGGACCUGGGAAAGAAGGAUGCUGUGGGUGGGUAUACCUGGAAAAUGGGAUGCCAAGGUGUGCUGGUCGUUUCUGUGCCCUGUGCAUGUCACUGUGUUUCUUUCUUUGGGUCCCUUUUUCUGCCUGGCUCCUCAUUCCUACAGCAUUGUGCCAUGGCUUGAAACCCCUGCAGCUUAGUCCUGGUUCUGAGAGCUGCAGGGUUGAUAGGGAGGGGCUGGCAGUCGUCGGGCACACCCACUGGGAGCUGCUCCAGGGUGCUUUCCCUGACAUGGAUAUUCCUGGUCUAUAUUUUCAGAAUGUUUCUCAAUAAAUAGUGUCACAUU